AUGCACCAUACUAGUCAUCUCUCUAAAAUCGGACUUCGCCUACGCCUUUCGCCAGCCACCAAGAGGAACUGGAACCCUACUCAAAGAACAUACAGCACCUCCCCGCCUUCUAGGAAUGCGUGGCUAACGGGAAACGUGUUGGCACGAACGACUCUUUUUACAAUCGCUGCGGCGGGGUCUUCCAUCUUGCUAGCAAAGUCCAUAUACGCCGACCAUGAAUCCUCCGAUGAGAAAGCUCCCCCGCCGCCACCGACGUCAUUGGGAUCCCUGAUCCGUGCGUACGCUGUGUACUCGAUGUGCUCUGUUCCGUCCCUCGUCGAUGCCUCUCCGAAGAUUCUAUCCGUGCUUUCUUCUGUUCCUGGUGUUAGACAGGUUACUGAGGCGUUCGUGAGAGCGACUUUCUUCGACCAAUUUGUAGGAGCAGAUAGCGCAGAAGAAGCCAUUCCGUUACUACGCACCAUGCGCGCGGCAAACAGAGGCGUCCUGUUCGCGUACUCCGUGGAAGUAGACGAGAAUGAGGCAACCGGUGCCUCUAUUUCUUCUUCUUCUGCUGAGACCGUGGACUUACCUACUACCUCUUUUGCUUCUUCCUCUGUUGGACAACAACACGCAGGACCAGGUUCAGAAUCGAUACCGAAAGCCCCGCCGUACAAACGCAUUGUAGACGAGAUGAUACAUUGUAUUGACGUCGCAGCAAACUUUGAAGACGGCGUAUACGACAGGAGUAACGGCGUUCAUGGCUGGAAGGAGACCAACCGGGGGAAACGAACAUGGGUUGCCGUCAAGAUGACCGCCCUGCUUCCAGACGCGCACGCUCUGAUCGCGCUCUCCUCACACAUCGUCGCCUCCAAGUCGCGUUCAAAAUCAAAGUUCCUUGGGUCCUCUCUCCCUGAGGAUGCAAUCCCGUUUCCUGGGGCUGCGAAGAUUGAGGACUUGGGUGUGCUUUCAUUGGCUUCACCUGCCCCUAUCUCUGGUGAUGAUGAUGCGGCCCGGGCACCCGUUAUAUCGGCUUCACAGAUCCGUGAGCUAAGGGAGCUAUACUCAAACCUGAGGAGGAUAUGCAUAAAGGCGCAGGAACGCGGAGUGAAGGUUAUCGUUGACGCUGAAUACAGCUGGUAUCAACCAGCGAUUGACGCGCUCACGUUGGCGCUAAUGCGAGAAUUCAACUCCCUCGAUAAGAAGCAGUCAGGCUCUGCCCUUAUACAACCUUUGGUGUAUAACACAUUCCAGGCAUACCUCAGGAGGACACCUCAGCAACUGUCGCUUGCCCUUGCAGAUGCACGCGCACAUAACUAUGCUCUUGGAGUUAAGCUUGUAAGAGGCGCGUACCACCCUCACGAAAUCUCCGCGCAUGAGGCAGCACUGGAGUUUGACCGCGCACAUGGGGCUGCUGAUUCGAGUUUCGAUCGUGUCGCGACCAUGCAGCGCAGACCGUCCCUUUCAAUAUCACCUGAUAUAGAGCCUCCAGUGUGGACGGAGAAGAGGGAUACAGAUGAGAGAUAUAAUGCCUGUGUGAAGGUGCUUAUCGAGGCCAUCAAAGAAGAUGUUACGAGGUCGAAGAAGAGGAGGCCUUCAAAUGCCACAGAUGCUCAGCUUACGACGAUGGGUGAUAUUUCAAGUAACUUCUCUUACUUAAGAGGACGGAUAUAUAGCAUUGUUGGUGCUGGCUCUAGUCCUGUUUAUUCCAUAUCCAAAGAGGAGCAGAGGACUACCAGCAUGAAUGCUACGCCACGAAUUGGGGUACUUUUUGGGACGCACAACUGGGACAGUUGCGCUUUGAUUCUAAAAGAGCUGGUUCGAAAUGGCUUGGGCGUGGAAGAAGAUUCGGGGUCCGUUUCAGAGUCCAUUGGAAGGAUCACCGUUCAGGAAGAAGUCGUGGAGAGAGUGGCCAUUGGGCAACUAUACGGAAUGAGCGACGACUUGACAGACUGGGUUGUCAAUAGAAUAUCAUCUAGCACUCCUUUUGUUAUCAAAUAUGUCCCGUAUGGUGCUUUAGCGGACGUAAUGCCUUACCUCAGUCGCCGCGCGAUUGAGAACAAAUCUGUGCUGGGCGACGGGAACGCCCAACAUGAGCGCGACAGGGCGCGUCAGGAAAUUAAGAAGAGAAUUUUUGGUUGA